AAUUUAUUUACCCAGCUGUGACUGUUGCGUAAAUAAUUGUAAGUACCUAAGGUUGUAAAACAUAGUUAUACCCAUUAAACCAAAGUGGAGAAAUUUCCCACUACAUGGUGUUCAUUUAAACAGUUUAUAUUAGGAUUAUUUCGCGAGUACUAGGUGACUGACGACAACAUGAUUGACGAGUAGCAAAAAAGGACGCAUUCUUCGUGUUGACACUAAACAUCCGAUCCAUUCAGAUUGACAUAAAAGUGACAACUUGAACGACAUAUUGUAUCCAUUUGUUUACUCUAGUGACAUCGGGCAUCUCCAAGUACUUCAGGAUCGCAUCGCCAAAAUUACACAGCUGUAUUACAGCAGUUACAGCUCGAGCCAGCUGUCGUCUUGUUUUUUCCAACCAGUAAAUAACUUUACGGCAGCCGGUUGCUAGGUAAUCAAAUAUUCUGGUCAGUGAUUGGCUGGUUUGCUGCCGUAAAACAGUUUAGCGAAAUGGUGUCGUAGAGAAAGCUGUUGUGUUGAGCAGGCAAGCGCUUGUCUUUCAUGUUUUGCACGUUUUUACCAUUUCAUUUAUAUUCCAUUUAUAACUUGACUUUAGCGAAGUGUGAGUUCGUUUGACAUGGCUGAAAAAUUCGACAAUCUCGAGGAACAUCUCGAGAAGUUUGUGGAAAAUAUCCGACAACUCGGAAUCAUCGUGAGCGACUUCCAGCCAAGCAGUCAGCCAGGACUGAACCAGAAACUGAAUUUCAUGAUCACGGGUUUGCAGGAUAUUGACAAAUGUCGACAGCAGCUGCAUGAUAUCAACGUGCCUUUGGAAGCCUUUGAGUAUAUUGAUCAGGGUCGGAACCCACAGCUCUACACCAAGGAGUGUUUGGAAAGGGCCUUGGCGAAAAAUGAGCAAGUGAAAGGAAAAAUUGACACCAUGACGAAAUUUAAAAGUCUUCUCAUUUCUGAAUUGACAAAAGUUUUCCCAGAGGAGAUGGCAAAGUACAAAGCUAUCCACGGGGAUGACCCACCUUCAUAACUAUAAACACUGUGGCUGAAGAACACUGCCUAACUUUAAUGUACAGGUGUAUAUACUCCAUGCCCUUACCCUCUUUUAUAUUGAAAUCAUUAAAUCUUGUUUUUUUUUUUUUUCCCACAUUUUGUAUUGAAUUCAAUUUCAAAAUUUGUUGUAUUUUUUUUUGUCUUCAUUGUCCUUUACAAGUUAUAAUUAUAUUGAUAACAAUGUAAGCAAAAUGCCAUGUCACGUGGAUGAAGCCAACCUCAUUUUUUAAGAAUAAAAUUAGUUUUGGUUUCAA